AUUACGAUAUCUCCGGGUUUGUUGAAUUUUUGAGCAUUACUAGUACUAAAUGUAUAAUACAAUAUAAUUACAACCACUAAAACUUAAAAAAUCUUUUUAAACACAUUAUAACAUAUAAUUAACAAUUUAUUUUAGUUUUAAAAUUGCACGUGUUAUUUAUUAAAUCACUUGUUUUUAAGAAUAAGAGCAAUGUUGUCAUCAUCAGCACUAGGCACAUACUCACAGCCUUUGAUUUGUUUUUAUUAUAGUUCAAAAGUCAUUAAGAAAUGUUAGGUUCAAAGUCUAAUUAUAUUUGGUACACCAAACAAGAUUGCCUAAAAACCGGUUGGUAUCAUAGUGAUGCUGAUGAUCCAUUUCCUACACAUUUUAUUUUGAUUAUUAUUUGCUAAAGUAUCUUCGUCGGAGAAUCUUGAAUUUUUGUAGGAUCCCAAUCGCUGAUUUUUUUCGACGGUAUUUUUACUCUUCGUGUUAUAUUUUUACGUAAAUAAAUAAGUAUAAAUUUACUAUUGAAAAUUAUUGCUAACGAAAUGUGAAGAACAAUUAGGUGCAGUUUUAUAUUUUACAAAAAAUUAGGAUAAAUAAUUUAUUUAAAGAAUAAUAUGAACCAGUGUUAGAUUGAUAGACAAAAAAAGCCAUUAAGAGUUGUAGAAAUGAUAUAGUGUGUGUUUUAGUUUUUUGAAAUCCAUUCAAUUAUUAAUGAUAUAAAAUCAUUAAUUGAAUUCAUGAAAGAGUAUUUAGACGAAUUUAUGUACAAUGAAAAUGUACAACUACUUAGGCGGGAAGAUUACGAAUUUACUUCAGGAUGUCGAAAUCAAAUCUUGGCUUCCUUUUUGGCUUCUUUGAUGUCAUUUGCAUCGGGAACAGUAGUUGCAGUGUUUUCGGAUACAAAAGUUUACAAAGAUGAUAAUGAAAUAAUAAUAAUAAACGAAGAACAAUAUUUUUGGAUAAUUUCUAGUUGUAUGUUGGGUGCAUUUUUUGGUUCAAUUCAAGCUGGGGUUUGGUCUCAAAUGUUUGGUCCCAAAAAGUUAUUAUUAUGGCUUUCUGCUCCUAUGAUUUGUGGAUGGUUAUUUAUUCUUCUAAACAUGAACAAUGUGAUAUAUAUAUAUGUUGGCAGAUUAAUAUGUGGUUUUUCGUUGGGAGCUGCAUCGGUUGUUAUUCCUUUAUAUUCACACGAUGUUUCGUCUGUAGCAUUGAAAGGACGAACAGGUGUGUUUUUUAAUUUUAUGAGCUGUGCUGGAAUUUUAUUUACUUAUAUUACGAGAUCUUUUUGGACUGGGUUACAAGAGUCUAUUGUCAUAUUGGCUAUUAUACCAUUUGUUUUUGUCGCAAUUUUUAGUUGGAUGCCCGAGUCACCAACUUAUUUAUACUGCAACGGACAAUACUACAAAGCAAUCAAAGCCUUAAGAUGGUUAAGAGGAAAUUAUUUCAAUAUUAAAAAAGAAUUUAGUCAAUAUGAGAUAUGUCAGUUUGACACAAUAAAGUUUCAAAUGAAUUUCAAUUUAGCAUAUGAUAGACAGAUAACAAACAAAGUGAUACUCAUUUCUUUUGGAUUAGUACUUAUUCAAAAGCUAACCGGCGUUAUUGGAUUACUUCAUUAUACUGUAAUAUUUUUCGAAGUUUCUAAGAUAGACACCGAUAUUUAUAUGACGUCCAUAGUGUUUGGAGUUUUUCAACUGACAGCAUCAUGGAUCGCUUUUUUGCUUAUCGAUAAAGUCGGUCGAAGAACUUUGUUGUUGAUAUCUUCCUUCAUUUGUACUAUUUGUCUAGCAAUUAUAUCUAUUUACUUAUAUUUAUUAGCUGAUGAUGAAUCGGUCGAUUUCGUUUGGAGAUCGUUGUUUUUUAUCAUUGUGUGUGGACUCAUUUCAGCUUUUCAAAUCGGUUUAGGUCCUAUUCCUUGGUUUAUAGUAACAGAAAUUUUACCUUCCAAAAAAGCGGCACACGUUCAGUCAAUGGCAGUAUCGUUCUCAUGGUUAUUGUCAUUCCUCAUACUCAUGUUUUUCCAAUUCUUCAUAAAAAACUAUGCAAGUGUUAUGUGGCUCACUUUCACUAUUUUUUCAGCUAUUGGAUUUUUAUUUAUAGCUUUAUUUGUGCCAGAAACCAAUAACAGAAAUCAUGAACAAAUAGAAGCUGAAUUAUUUUUAUAAAUAAAAUUAUGUAAAACACAAUUUGUGUUAUAUGUUGAUCUUAUCAAUUAAACCAAAGUAUGUUAGUAUUAAGGAAUUAAUAAAUAGUAAAAAAAUAUAUA